GGCACAUGUUUUAGUUGCAUUGUGGGUGAAGAUAGUUGCGUUUUGCUUUCAGACUCGCUGCAACGCUGAUUGAGUGAACAAGUAUUUGAUUGUUCCUCCGUGAAGCACACGCCGAGAGGACUGCUUUUUGACAUACAGCCGAACCAUGACUGAUGCAGAAGUGAACCCCAAGGCUUACCCCCUGGCCGAUGCUACGCUGACCAAAACCAUAAUGGACCUGGUCCAGCAAGCGUCCAACUACAAGCAGCUCAGGAAAGGUGCAAAUGAAGCCACUAAGACACUCAACAGAGGAAUUGCAGAGUUCAUUGUGAUGGCUGCUGAUGCUGAGCCCCUGGAGAUCAUCCUGCACCUCCCGCUACUCUGUGAAGAUAAGAACGUGCCCUACGUGUUCGUGCGCUCCAAGCAGGCUCUUGGGCGUGCGUGUGGGGUGUCCCGGCCUGUCAUCGCUACGUCGGUCACCAUUAAGGAGGGAUCUCAGCUGAAGCCGCAGAUUCAGUCCGUUCAGCUGGCUAUUGAACGACUGCUCGUCUAAAAAAAAAAAAAAAAAAAAAAACUGCAGGCAUAAGAUUAAUUUAGUUACCUGGGCAAGUACUGAGAAAGGACUUUUUGUCUGAAUUCAUCCUUAUUGUUCUCUUCCAUUUUCUUUGUUUUAGUUGCCUGCACAGAAUAGAUCAAUGCCCAUUCCACUGUACAAAUAUGUAUUUCUUUGCAUAUUGCUCAGCAUUCAAUUUUUUUUAUUAAAACAAGUUUAAUUUGUGUUUCUCAA